CGGGUUACAGCCGCCGCUCCCCUGCUCCCCCGCCCGCGCCUCGCCGGUCCGCCCGCGCCGGGAGACAGUGUAACGGAACUGGGACGCCAGCGCUGCAUUGUGGGAGCUUUUAAAGCGGCGGGGAGCGCGGCGCGGCCGCUCGGGCUCUCGGUCCCCCGCCUCAUACCCCCCAGCACGGCCCCCACGCCGCCCGGCCGGUCGCACACCCCCAGCCAGCCGAGGCCCGUGGACCCGAAAGCCAGAAAUGGUGAGAUGACCGGUGCCUCGCUGACUCUUACGGAGCAAAAUCUUCCAUAGCCCGGGGAUGAGACUUGCAAAACUGUCCUCCACCGUCACCCCGGAAAGUAGGAGGCUUUUUCUGCGGACGCUUUAAAAAAAAAAAAAAAAAAAAGGCCCUUCCAUCCCCUCAGGACUGGGUUUGAAUUGCUUUUCAUCUGGAGUGGCAAUGAUUCAGCGACCCCCUUCUCAGCAGCAGGCAGUGACAGAGACAGGAGACGAAAAACACAGCGAAUGAAUCAGACAGAACUCUGGAAAGCAAGCAGCUUCCUCUUCAUGUCCGAACCUGCCACGGGUCUAACAUGGCAUUUAGAGAGAUGAGAGGCAGGCUGCCCACUCGGAAGCACCAUCUCACCCUUCAGGAAGAGCUCCCAAAUUAAGGAUCCCAAAGAUUCCAUACAAGCAGCUACAUAGAAAUGAAGCUGGCGCUGCAGAGGUGAUCUGGAUGCAGUAAGAAAUGCAGGAAGAUGCCCACAAAUAAAAAUUGACAACUGAGAAAACAGAAAUCUGGCUAUAUCAUCCAAGGGAUUCCACUGGACCCUGCUGCCUCUCAGAAUUCAGUGAAACUCAGGACCUUGCACUGACUUGGCGACUUUGCUGGACAACACGUAGGCGUUAUAUUUUUAUGCGGCCAUGAAACAACUGCAGCGAUUGCGAAAAGAAAAGAGACCUCUCUUCCAGCCAAGAUGAAAGACACACAAGCCACUCAGGAAAUUUCAGCGGUCCUGCAGAGUGAAGUCCAUGAGCAGGAAGAUGAAAUGGAAUAUCAAGCGCAUGCUCUUGGAGACAUUAAAAUAGCUGAAGUGAAUGUCAAAGGUUUAUGCGUGAAGCUCAUUAACUCUUCCGUUGACAAAGAACUGGAAAUUGGAAAUCAUAUUCUCCAACAAAAUGUGGAUGGACAAACAGUCUCUCUGUACCAAUUCCUUCCCAAUAUCAUAAUGCAGGCCAAUUCCACGGUAACAGUCUGGGCAGCAGCAUCUGAAGCAAAGCACCAGCCACCAUCAGAUUUUCUUUGGAAGGAACAAAACAGAUUUAGGACAAGCCCAAAUUGUACAACAAUCCUGUGCAAACCUAAUGGUGAAGCUGUUGCCUGGUACACUCCUAUUCACUGGAAGCAAGCAUGGGAGAAAUUAGAGACUGACAUUGAAUGUGACAGAUGCUCAGUAGUAAGUCCAACAUCUCAAAGGCACAUGUUUCAUUGGCCAGCAGCUACAACUACAACUAAAGAAAAACAAGAUCAAUCUAAGAAAGAUAUCUCAAAAUAUCAGGUGGAACGAGUUCGAGCUUCUCUUACAAGAGAAAAAGAAAUCCCACCAACCCUUUUCCCCAAUCGCAGCCCUUGGUGCCACAGUCCCAAUGUCUCUGCACACCCUUACUGUCCCCUGAUUGAUCCUCACAACACCUACAUGACUGAACGCAGCUUAGACAGACAGCCCAGGUCUCAGCCAGCCAAGCCUGAUCCAGCCAGAAAUUUCUUAUUUAAAUCCUCUAAAUAAAGCUUUUAGAGUUGGUGUUAUUAGCCCAGGAUCUGUUAAUGGACUUCAGGAAGUCCAUGAAUCUGGCUAAACUUGGAGAAAAAAAUGUAAUGCCUAUAUGAUGUUUUCUGGCAAGAAAGUCCAUGCGGUUCACCAGAUGCUGCCAAAUGAUUAAGAAGAACUGAUUAGACACAGUGCGGAUUCUAAGCUGUGGAGAAAGACUUUCAUGGAGCAGCUGUAUCCUGGUGAGGUUAUAAUGAUUUGCAAACUUAUACUUAGCAGAGGGAUGCUUUUUUAAAUGAAAUCUUUGCAGAAUCCCAGUAUAUGAAAUGGAUAACAGGAGACCCGUCCAAGAUGAAGAGUGAUUCCCACUACCCACUACAUCCAUCUUCUUCUUUCCUCCUUCCCUGUGACCUUUGAGACACCUCUCUGGAAUCACAGGAUUCUGUACACACAGUAUAAGAACCACCAUCUUAGUAUGCUAACACAUGUUGGGAAA